UGAGCAGGUUUUAUUAGUUCUCGGUACUUGAGCUCCGUGCAACUCAGCGACAUGGCUGCGUUCAUGCGAGCUCGCAAAUAUGUCCGCUGCGUGGUCCGUUUCUCCGACCGUGAACUGUAAGAGAGAGUUUUGACCACCACUCUGAGCGUCAAGAGAAAACUAUCUGGCCACGCCGUGAUGGCUGAAGAAAAUGCAGAUAUCGAAGGAGCUAUGGAGGAGGAAGAGGAAGGUUCGGAUGAUCCCAACCUCAACCUGGAGCUCCACGCAUUCCGCACGCAGUGGAUGUCGGAACUCAAGCCGAGUUCAGAGGGUAGUGGACAGGGCGGCAGACUGCUGCGCGGCUCAAGUCUGAAGAAGACGCAAGACGCUGCUCGGGAGGAAAAAGCCGCCGAGCUUUUCUUGAGAGCUGUUCAAGAAGAACAAGAUGGAGCUGUGUAUGAAGCUAUUAAGUUCUAUCGUAUGGCCAUGCAGCUCGUCCCUGACAUUGAAUUUAGGAUCAACUACAGUCGUCCUGAUACUGAUGGAGUGGAAAGAAAAUUCUGUGAAGAAAGUGACGUCGACUGCGACAUCGGAGAUCUGGUCACCUACUUCGAGCAGCAGCUCACGCUGGACAACGCUUUCCCAAAGAUCUGCUCUCCUGAGGUGGGAGGGACUCAGAGACACAUUUCUGAGCUGCCUCAGGAAAUCCUGAUGUAUAUAUUCCGUUGGGUUGUGUCCAGUGAUCUGGACAUGCGCGCCCUGGAGCAGCUGUCGUUGGUUUGUCGAGGGUUCUACAUCUGUGCGAGGGAGCCUGAGCUUUGGCGCUCAGCAUGUCUCAAAGUGUGGGGAAGGAACUGCACCAAACUUGCACCCUACCUGUCCUGGCGGGAAAUGUUUCUGCAGAGGCCACGUGUUCGGUUUGAUGGUGUUUACAUCAGCAAAGCGUCGUACAUACGGCAAGGAGAAAAGUCUCUGGACGGGUUCUACCGGGCCUGGCACCAUGUGGAAUUCUACAGGUACCUGCGGUUCUUUUCUGACGGCAGCGUGAUGAUGCUGACGACCCCCGACGACCCGCUGACUGUUGUCCCGCGCUUGCGAACUAGGAACCCCCGAAUGGAGUCGGUUCUCUUUGGUCACUAUCGCCUGUCACAGGAGCGAGACAAUCAAACCAAAGUCUAUGCUGUUCUCUGCAAGAAAAAAGAAGAGAAACCAGUUGACAAACAAAUGAAUCGGUUCUGCAGGCGGAACCCAGCCCCAGAGGCCGAGCAAAACUUCUAUGUGGGACUGCAUCUGUCCUCCAGGGGGCGCCAGCGCUUCUGCAAGCUGGAGUGGUUUCAGCACUCGUACCAAGUCACCUACAAGCGGACCGGGGAAGUGAUCGACACGACCUUUGACCUGGACAAGAUGUACACCCCUUUCUACUUUGCACGUGUCAAGAGUUACACAGCUUUUUCGGAGCAGCCACUGUAACCUGCACGCAGCCUAAGAAGCUUCAUGAUCUAGCUGAGGUUCUUCACACCAAAAUUAUGACAACCAGUCUGAUGAAGCUGCUGACUCCUUUGAUCCCUGCAAUACUGGGAAUAUUGUCUUUCUGCAGUGGAAGUUGAGAGGUUUAUCAGUGACGCCCCCCGACCCGAUGAAUGUUCACGUUUAAUGUGUCUCGGCGCACACUUUUCCUCAACUGAACAACCUCACUGCUCUGUAAACCGAAUCUGUUAACUUGGUUGUAUUUUCGCUGCAAAUUCCCAAGCAUGAAUAAAAAAACGCCUCAAGAACAGAG